GUAAGAAACCAUAUAAAAACCCUAUCCUCUCUCUGUCUCACUCAAAAGCUAACAAUUUUCCCCUCUUCUCUGUCCCUACAAAUCAAGAAAGAGAGUGAUUAAGCCGCAACAAUGGGUAGCUGCGAAGAGAAAAAUCCUGAAGAAGAGGAGAGAAAGAUACCACUUUUUACGGUUCUAAAGAACGGUGUGAUUCUCAAGAACAUCUUUUUCAUCAACAAACCAAUUUCACCAUCGUUGGAUCUUAAUUAUAUCGCCGGCAUUGAAAAUGGGGAGAGCCCAGAUGGAGAAAGUGAGGAGAUCUUGAUUGUUGGUCGACACCCAGAUUGCAAUAUUGUGUUAAUGCACCCUAGCAUUAGCAGAUUCCACUUUCAAAUUAAUUCAAUACCCUCUGCACAGAAGCUCUUUGUCACUGAUUUAUCAUCUGUCCACGGGACCUGGGUUUCAGAGAACAAGAUUGAACCAGGGUUUCGUGUAGAGCUGAAUGAGGGUGAUACAAUAAGGGUUGGUGGCUCAACCAGAGUCUACAGGCUUCAUUGGGUUCCUUUGAGCAGUGCUUAUGACAUGGAAAACCCCUUCGUAUCAGCAGCAGAUUUGGCAAUCACUGAAGAGAAAGAAGAGGAAAAUAUAGAAAGCCUAUCUCAGGAUGAAGAUUUAUUGGCAACUGAAAGUAAAAAUGCUGAAGAGAAAGACUUAAUGGUAGGAACAGCAGAAGAAACUUAUCAGGACAUGAAUUCCAAUGAAAAUGGAGAAAUUCAAUCUGUGGAUUCAAUUUUGGAAUGUAUUGUCUCAUUAUUUCCUGAAGAGAAUUGUGGCUUGAUUGUGAAGAAAGCUAUCCCAUCAGCACCAUUAAUGCCCGAAGUCAUGAAUCCUUGUUUUCAUAAUGAGAAGGAAGAAAUAGAAGGCAAACCUAGAAAUGCUUAUGAAUUGAGCCCCAGCAAUUUUGAGGGAGUUAUUUUUCAGACCUUGAGUCAGCAAUUCUAUGAAUGCAACCAGAGCCCAGAAUAUCAUUCUGCUAAAGAAGCAAUACUGGAAGAAGAAUACUCGGACAUUUCCAGGACAAGAUUAGAGCUAGAAUCCAACAGAGAUGCUUCAUUAUCUGUUGCAGAAGCAGAAUCCAAUUCAGCCUCAGAAUCACCGAAAGAAACUGAAAAUCAAAUCCCGUUGAGGAAAGGCAACGAGCAAAAGGGAACUUCUCCAUCAGAAUCUGGGAACAGGACAGAUCUCUCGGAGGACAACAAUGAACAAUUCAACAAAGAAAACCAGACUCCAGAACCUCUCGUUGCUUUGCAUCCACUUUUUGAAGAACAAAACAGAGCUGAAAACCGAAUAUUGAAUUCACAAACUUAUGACCCUGCAGCCACAGAAAUACGUGAGGAAAUGGAAAACCAAAGUCCUUCAAGGAAAGACUAUCCUUCAAGGAAAGACUAUGUACAGAAUGAGUUCACUAGUGACUGCUACUGUGUACCACUCCUUGCAACAGAAUCUGUGAAUUCAUCUUUACCUCUUGAUGAAAUGCUUUCUGGUGUUGUAGAUAGCAAGGAAAGCCAGACCCCACAAUCCAACUUCCCUGCAGUUGAGAACAUAGAGAACUUAAGGAGCCCCCCUAUCAGAUCAGAGAAAAAAUCAAGCUCGCGUAGCAUUUGGUCAAGAAGGGGUAAACCUGCUACUCCUCUUGAGCUUCAAACAAGUAAGAGUAGGGGAAGAACCAAAAAGGUUUAUGUUAAUGCUGAUGUUGAAUGGGAGAAUCAGGAGGAUGUUGAAAAUAAAUCUAUUACAAGGGCUCUUUUCUCGGGUUUAGAAGCAAUGGAUGAGGAAAUCUUUACUCCAGACAAGGAGAAUCACACCCCAAAUACUUCACUGAAGGCCUCAAAAAUGAAGUGCACACUAGAAGAUAUUCAAUUAUCCAAGUUGUGCAGAUCUUCAUCUUCGAAGUUUACUUUUAGCCCUAACAUUGUACAAGAAGAAGACAUGAUUGCCUCUUCAGACAAAGAGAACCAGACACCUAAAGUUCUUCAAAGGAAAUCAGCUAGGCCUACCUCAAGGAAGCAAGUGAAGUUGGAAGAAGACGUGGUUCUGAAGGAAAGAAGAUUAGAGAGGAUUCCAUUACAAUCAUUAUUUGCCAAUUCCCCAGGGAAGAGCAUAUCCAAAGCUUCAGUGCCUAGUGUUGCUGCAAGAAGCAGCAAUUCUAUUAGCUGCACUCAAAAGAAGAUGAACUCUGUUGGAGAUGGAGGGAGGAGAUGGACUAUGAUAGUAGAUACCACAUCUCUUUUAGACAAGGAGUCAAGGAAGUCACUACAGCUUUUACAAGGUCUUAAGGGGACUCAUUUAGUCAUUCCAAGAAUUGUGAUAAGGGAGCUGGAUUCUUUGAAGAGGCAUGGUAGCCUGUUCAGGAGAACGACAGAGGCAUCGUUGGUGUUAAAAUGGAUAGAAGACUGUAUGGCGAAUACAAAAUGGUGGAUUCAUGUCCAGAGCUCAGUGGAGGAUGGAAGACUAAUUGCACCAACCCCGCCUGCUUCUCCUGUGUCUCGAUUCAGUGAAGGAAGUUGUGGGAUGUUUCAAUCUGGUAUAACAAGCUCGGCAUCAUUUUCUGCCCGUGGGAGCUUAAUGGAAAUCGUUUCACCAACUGCAGAAGACCAUAUUCUAGAUUGUGCUCUUUCCUAUAGGAAAAUGAACAUUGAUGGACAACUCGUCUUUCUUAGCAACGAUGUUACACUGAAGAUCAAAGCCAAGGCAGAGGAUUUGAUAUGUGAGACAGCUCAGGAGUUCCGAGACAGUCUGGUGAACCCCUUCUCAGAGAGGUUCUUGUGGGCAGACAGCUCUCCUAGAGGGCAGACUUGGUCUGUCUUGGAUGAUGUAGUGUUGCAGGAAAAGUAUUACUGGAGCCCCUCAAAGAAAUCAUCAAAGGGAGAAGGUGCAAAAGGUUUGAAGCUCAUUCUGCUUUACAAUUCGCAUUAUGGGCAGCAGAGGAGUCAGUCUAUUCGUUAAAACAAUGUUCCUUAAUGAAUAUGAUCUGUACUUCUCAUUUGAUCAAACUGUUUUGCCUGGUUUUGAAGAAAACUGAAAUAGAAAGUAGAAGUUCAAAUUUA